AGGGCACCACCCAUAAUAGGAUAUUUGCCAUUUGAAGUUCUGGGAACAUCAGGCUAUGAUUACUAUCAUGUGGAUGACCUAGAAAAUUUGGCAAAAUGUCAUGAACACUGUAAUUAUGCAGAAGUUAGGGCUGAAAGACGACGAGAACUUGGCAUUGAAGAGUCUCUUCCUGAGACAGCUGCUGACAAAGGAAUUUUUAAAAACAUGAAAUCAGAUAGGAAUAUAAAGCUUUUAAAAAGCUGGGUUGGCAGUAUCAUCGGAUUUUCUCAAGGUCAGCAACUCGUGACCAAAUUAGUGACUGCUCCUGUAGCUUGUGGGGCGGUCAUGGUGCCCAGCACUAUGCUCAUGGGCCAGGUGGUGACCGCCUACCCCACCUUCGCUGCGCAGCAGCAGCAGGCGCAGGCGCUGGCGGUCACGCAGCAGCAGAAUUCCCAGGAACCGCAGCUCGCUUCCGCGCAGCAACCAUCUCAGGCUCAGCUGACCCAGCCGCCGCAGCAGUUUCUGCAG